CUCAGAUCCAACCAUCGGACAAGCUCGCGGAAUCGCUGGCCAUAUUGAAGGGGUUACCUGCAAUCACCAAGCCCUCAGACGUGCAAAAGAUCCAAGUGUAUGGAGUUCUGAAUGAAAUGAUCAAGACCACAUUGAGCAUGACCAAGUGCAUCGUGGAGUUCGAGCACGACAAUAAAGACGUUCCCGAGCUGUCCACAGCAAUCGACAUCCCAAGCAGCGUUUAUCAUAUCAUCAUCAUUGUCCUCGCUUGCUCGAUUCAGUUCACCAGCCUCAUUAGCCUCAUCGAUGACUACAAGGGAAAAGAUCUUCCGACCUUUGUUCGGAAAGUGAACAUGAUCCACCACACUAUCAAGAGACAUUACGAAGAUUACAAGCAAAAAAAGGAGGAAAUUAGAGAGUAUCAGAGGCUGCAGCGACUAUUCAAUGCCCUUACUGAUAAUGUGGAGCUCAUCAAGGCCUUGGUUUACAUCAAGGACGAUCCUCAGCCACUUUACAUUGGCUCAAAGAAGACCACGGAUAAGGUCGAGUCCCUGCGGAGGAAGAAUGUGAUGCUGCUGAUUUCCGACCUAAAGUUGACCUCUCACGACCUUUCCAUCCUCAUCAAGAUCUACAGCGAGCGCAAGUUCCAUGAGGAGCGCUAUGAGAUCGUGUGGAUCCCGAUCAUCGAGCAAGAAGGCGAUGACGUGAACAACCAGUUCAAGAAUCUACAGUCGCAAAUGCCUUGGUACUCAGUGCGCUACCCGACACUCAUCAACAAGGUGGCCAUCAAGAUCAUCAAGGAGAAGUGGCACUAUAGGCAAGAGACCAUCGUGACUGCGUUGGGUCCCCAGGGACGAGUCUCAAACAAAAAUGCCAUGAGCAUGAUUAGGCUUUGGGGAUGGGAUGCUUUCCCUUUCACUGAAUCAGUGGGAGCAAGCCUAUGGAGCAAGCCUGGCAUCAGCUGGUUUGAGCUCUUGCUGACUGACAUGGUCAUUCCUAAGAUAAAUGAAGCUAUCAAGUCUCGAAAGUACAUCCUCCUUUAUGGAGCUGAAGACAACAAGGCAAUCCACGAAAUUGAGGAGCCAGUCAAGAAGAUCAUCGAAGAUGGCGUCCCCAUCUUCGCCUACAAUGUCACCAAAAAUCAGCUCUUCUGGAGCCGCCUCGAGAGCCUUAUGCUCUCGAAACUGCAAACCAAAGCGGAUGUGCACGAACCCCUCAUGCAGGACAUCCUCUGCCUCUACACCAACUUCAAGAAGGAUGGUGGGUUCGCGGUCCUCACGAGGGGGUCGCAGGUUGUGAUCAACGACUCGAUAAUCGACGUCACCAAGGUCUUGUCCCAGUACGAGACCACUUGGAAGAAGCAGGUCAAAGGGAACGAGAAGACGUUCGACGCGGCCUUCGAGGAGCACCGCGAGCGGGUCUUCGUCCUUCCGAGGUGCCACCACUUCUACAUCCCGAACACGGUGGGCUACAUCCCGGAGGACGUGAAGUGUCCGGUUUGUCCCCGCAUGAUGAAGAACAUUGUUAAGUUUGAGUGUUGCCAUGGCGCACAUUAGGGAACCUAUGCGUCUCUCUGUUGGUCCAUGUCCACAAUAAAGGAGUUAUGCGAGAACUCCAUAGGCCGGGACUUGAAACAAAAGGCCUGUUUGCUGAGUCCUUUGAGUUUGUGAGUUGCCUACGUUUAGGGCAACCAUUAUCUAAGUUGGCAUGUACAAGUACUUCGUUUGAGCACGUGGUUUUUCGCUCUGAAAAUGCUUUGGUCCUCUUUCUCGUA